AUGUUGUAUUCUCUUGCCAGAAAACAAUUCAAACCAUCAAGUUCUCUUAUUGUCAACUCUGCCAUCAUUAAAUUCACUCAUUCAUCAUCUCCACUAUUCACUCUCCACAGUAAUAAUAACAAAGAAUAUAAAUCCUGCUCAUCAUUCCACACCUGCAUCAAUUCAUCCUUCUACUGGCAAACACCUUCCGAUAUUAAAGAUGGCAAAGUGAGUCGUGUUGCAUCGUCAUCAUCAUCAAACAAUCAAAAGAGAAAGACAAAAUCAAAGGAUCAUCACCAUGCAUUGUUUUUGGAGGCCAAUUUAAUUCCUCUCAAGAAGAAACAAUACAAGGAAUGGAGCUCUCGGGAAGUUUCUCUCACUUUAUUGAAUAAUGAUCAUGAUGAAUAUGUGUUGGAAAGUUUGGAGAGGGAAAUUCAUUGUUUGUUACUUUCACCAAAUGCCAAAUCAAUGAUUUUACACUAUCAAAAUAUUGAGGCUUUAUUUAGAGAGAAUAAGGAAAAUAGACAAGUAUUACAAUACUUGUUGGAACAGUUUACAAAAAAGAGUUUGGAUGUUUCACAAUCAAUUGUUGGAUAUAUUGGACGUGGAUUAAGCUUACUCUAUUUGCAUGAGUUUGAAAAAUCAAAAACUGUCUUUCUCACUCUCAAUCUCAUUGACAAUCAAAUGGGAGUUGAGAAGGGAGGAGUUGGAGAAACUGAUUAUCCAGCUCUGUACAUGUCAUUUGUUUAUCUUUCUCGAGUUUAUUCCAAAUUGAACCAACAAGAUCAAUUAAAAUCAUGUCAAAAAGCCAUCAAGGAUAUUGAGGGUCUCGACAAUCCAAUCCUCUCUAAAUUUGAGUUGUAA